CUUGUAUGAAAGAGUUCGUUUCCUUUACUAAAGUGAAAGGACUAAACUAAAGACCAUCACAUGGUGAUACUGUUGAGUAAGAUUUUAAUUUUGUUUAUUAUAUUAAAUUAGUAUAUAUAUUUUAUUUAAGAACUAACGAAGUAAGGCUAAUUUAGAGAGAUAGUAUCCUGACGUCAUUUGCGUGUCUUGUCCCUAGUUCCGAUAGGUUAAAAAAAUACACACGUUAGUGCCGGUACUCAAGGGACUUGGACUUGGAUAAAAUUUUCAAAUUGAAUGAAUUAAGAAAUGAACACAUCUGUAAGAUAGCACUUUUUAAAUGUUUUCAUUGGUAAUCUACCACUUGAGCGUCGGCCAAGAAAAAAUCCACUUGUUCCGGUUUGAAGGGCUAUUUAAACAAUUAUUUGUAUCUUGUUUUUACGAUGUUGAAUGUAUUCAUUCCAGCACAUACAUAGUAAAACAAAUAACACAAGACAAUUUUUUAAAAAAAUUGAAAAUGUAAAACAAUUUAAUUUUUAAAAAAUAAAAUAAAAUAGAAGAAUUCAAACAAUGUAAUGUGUGAGUGUGAAAAUGACAUUGGCAUAGUUCUCCCCCAAGGCGACAAUAAAGUUUUUGAAAAUAACAUUUCUCGAAAACGGUUGCGGAACAUUAAUUCAAUGUAAAUAUGAAAGGAACAGUUCGAGGCUUGUGCCAAACGCCCUUUUUAGUUUCGUAUCUGAUAAAUAUCAAACACUUCGUGCAUCGGCACUAUUGUAGUCUCUCCUCUUUUCCUGCCAUAUCAGGAACUUUGUACAGUAGUAAUAAUAAUUAAAAUGUAUUGUGUUAAAUAUGGAAGCGAAACCUUAAGAAAAUUGUUUAAAAAGCCCUUCAAACCGGAACAAAUUGAUGUUUUCUUGGCCGACGCUAAAGUGGUAGAUUUCAUUUUUCAUGCAGCACUUUUGGUUAAAAAGUUAUGAUUGUUUUCGUGAAUAAAAACUCACUUUUUUUGACAUAGCAUUCAUCAUAGAGGUUUGUGACCUCUUUUCAAAAUUUUUUACGAAAAGGCUCAUAACUUUAUAGCAGAUUGGACAAAUAAUAUGAAACUUCCCAGAAGUGUUCAUCAUCUUUGUUUCUUCAAAAAUUAAACAAAAUUAAAUAGAAUAUUUUAAUAAUAUUUUUUACGAAGUGUCUACACGUCCGACGCGCCGGACAUGUAGUGCGCAAGAUAUACGUCCGGCGGCUUGUCACGUGACCGCCGGACAUGGCCAGGCGACUAGUAGUUUUUAUAAUUCGAAGCAAAGUAAAGUUUAGUACAUCUUGUGUGGUCUUGUGGUAGAGUGGUUGCUUGACGAUAGGAAGGUUGGAGGAUCUGUACCGGGGAGAGGGUCUUUCUUUUCUACCCAUUUUAAUUAAAAAUAUUUUGUAUAUAUUUAUAUUAACAUGUUCCUCAGCAACAGUAGUUUCAUGAGAAGUUUUUACAUAUUUUGUAGCAAUUGAAAUAAUUUAAAAUGAAAUCUUUUACUUUAACUUUUAUUGGUUGCCUACGCCUACUCCACACUGGCCCCUAAUUUAUUUUAUGUAUUACUGGUACACAAACUCAAAUAACAAACUAAACAAAAAUGUUUACAAGCCACUUUCACUUAAGUUUUUUUUUUUCUAUUAUUUGCAUUCAAGAUACUCAGUACAUUACUUGGUAGAGAAAUAGAUUUUAAAAUUAACAAUAGUUUUGAAUUAUUCGCAGUCACGUGACAAGGCUGACCGACAAGAUAUCUCUAUACUCAGUACAUUACUUGGUAGAGAAAUAGAUUUUAAAAUUAACAAUAGUUUUGAAUUAUUCGCAGUCACGUGACAAGGCUGACCGACAAGAUAUCUCUCGCCACUUUGUUACGGCGGUCAUGUGACUUGGUCGCUGGACACAUAGUGCGGGAGAUAGACGUCCGGCGCGCCGGACCUGUAGAAACAGCCUAUUUUUUAAUGUAAAAAAAAAAUAUUAAAAAAUUAUUUUAAAAAAUAAAGACCAAACGUAAUUUAUUUUAAAAUAUAAUAGAGGCAAUUUUACAAAAAAAAAUAUGAUUUAAUUUGAAAUGGAGCAAUAUCUGAUAAAAUAUGAGUUAAUAUGUCUAUUAUUGUAUAGAUAUUACAAUAAAACCUUUCCAUAUUGAUUGCUUUAAGCGUUAUAAAAUUUCUUGGGCUUUCUUGUCUGUUAACUAAUGGAUAAAUAAUAAUGUUUACGGUUUUGUCACUUUCGUUUUCGGCCAUUUUUUUAAAAAAGUUUUAGACCCGUUCUGGCCAAAAAUAACAUUGUUGUGGCCAUCUUAGAGACUUGAAAUUUUACAUGGUCAUUUUUGAUACAAUUUUACAGGUACACCAGGUCGAUUUAAAAUGGGAUAACGAAUAGUUUUCAAAAUAUUGAUAAAUUAGAUUUAGCUGCUUUCUCACAUUUUUCUUUAUUUACGGUACCGGCAUACUGAUAUUACUGAAAACAAAAUGGAUGUCGUUAAAUCCCGUUCAUUAACGUAACUAGAACAGUAAUUCGCUCAUUUAUCCGACAUUUCUAGCGCGAAAAAAUAAUUUUUUAGUGAACCCUAUCAUCCAGCACACCCAAAAAAAGUGUCUCAAAACCCUAUGGGCCGCGAUUUCGUCAAAAUAGCCUCAUAUCCAAGUACCUAUGUUAUGGAUAAAUUUAGGGUUCAAGUUAGGUUUAGGGAUAGAUUUAGGGUUCAGGUUAGAUUUAGGGAUACAUUUAGGACAUAAAUUCGUAACCAAGAUGACGACCGUGAUACUAUCUCUCCAAAUUUACCCAAAGGACGUAUAUAAAUCUAGUAAGGAAGAUACAGUAGAAACACACUUUACUAGACUUAUAAAUAAUAAUUAUAACCUACACAUAGUCUUAAUCUUACAAAAAGAAGUUUUUAAAAAAGUAACUACUUUUUUUACAAUUCUAAAAGUUAGUAAAUGGGGAUAACUAUGAAUCAAGUAUGAAUAAUCAUCAUCAGUGACACUACAGUCCAUGUUGGGCCCUGCCUGCUCCAUCACCUCCUUUCCAUUGAGAUUGAUCGAUCCAUGGCUUCCCGCCUCCACAGGCUGACCCCCAACUGGUGUAAGUCCUUCUCCACAUCAUUGAUUCAUCCCACUCUUGGUCUACCGGUGAGCCAUCUGCCCCUAGGUUUUGCUGCUCUACAAUCCUUCCUUUCAAUAUGUCCUGUCCAGCACAGUCUGCCUUUCUUUAUUGUUGACUAUGCGUGGGUCUUUGUACAAUUGAUAUUAAUGAUAUAGUCAUAUAGUUAUAGCUCUUGGUUUGUAUGGCACAGAUUCUCCAAACUUCAUUGAAUUCUAUCACUGGGCCAUAUUUUCUUGAGGCUUUUCCUCUCCCAUGUGUCGACCAGGUCCUCUGCUUUUCCUGUAAGAGACCAAGUCUUACUAGCGUAGGUUAGUAUUGGUCUUAUGAUAGUGGUGAUAUAAGAACAGGCGCCUGCUGUUAUCCUUUCUUUCACCUCCCCAACAUUAUUCCAUUGUGCUCAUCUAUAGUUACCCCUAGAUAUUUGAAAGGAGCCACUCUCUCAAAGUCAAAGGUGUGGUUGUUUAAACUGAUGUAUGAAUAGGGCUGCCAAAAGAUUCAGCUUUUUUACAUUUUUGAUGUCCCUUUCUAAAUCUAACUUUUAAUCUUACCCCCUUCCUGUUCAAGCCAAUAGUAAUAGUUAAUAACAAGGUUAUGUAAAUAAGGAGGAGACCACACAAGGUGACAACGUCAGAGGAACGCCUAAUCACCAGUUGUCUCUAUAAUACAUACAUAUAUAUAAUAUAGGCCUAUAUCUACUAGCAUAGUAGAAGGAAUUGGCAGUUCUUCUUUUUUAAUUUAUGAGAGGGACUGUAUUUUUCAAUCCACAGCAACAAAAAUAAAGAUAGACUCUAAUGGAUUAAAAAUAUCUUUUUGAUGCUGUGCAUAAAUUUACUUUUUUUUUCCCACAAAUUUCACUUACCAUACUAAUUGUUCAACACAGGAACUGUAGACAACAAAAAAAAUAGCACAAAAUAAUGCCACAAUAAUGACAAACGGUACCCGUAGUUUAAAUAAAAAUCAUAAAACAACAUAAAAAUUUCCACUAGCAUCUCUUCUGUUGCUCUGUUUAAGUUUAGAAUGAUGAAAAACUUUAUCAAGUUGCGUGCAUCAAAAUGCAUCCCUGAUCUUUAAUUAAUCAAAAUUUUCUGACCUCUCAUCCUUUUUUUUGCUUGCCAGCCUUUGGCGCCCUUUAUUUCUGCCCCCUGAUCAAAUUGUCAGUCCCAGACUCUCUUUUACUUACAAAAUCUUACUAAAAUGUGUGUAACAUUUUUUUAUAAAACGGUACCGUAUGAUUGUUACAAACCUAGUCGUACUAAAAAGGUUCGUUGGGUUCGUUUUCUAGGGGGUUUAAUUAUAUAUAUACUUCACCAACCAUUAUUGUCAUAUUAAAUAUCUCUAUUACAUAAAUAAGUUACAGAUUCAACUGCCAUUUCUCACAACAACCCCAACACACUAACUAUUCUACGUCAUAUCCCAUUUCCCUCACUACGUCACAAGAUACUAAGAAUAAUAGAUAAAACAACUCAUAUAAUCUCAAAACAACACGCUAUCACACCAUGCAUUCAAGUUCUUAACAAUGAUAAUUGUUUAUUAAUAGUCUGUAACAAGUCCACAUUGUAUUUUAUCUGUCAGGACAGAAAAUAUGUCAACAUGAGAAAGAUCAUUUGUGCUUGAGUGUGAUCAAUGCAAAGUGAAAAAUCAAGGUUCAUCAAAACCUUAAUGGCCAACAUUAUAUGAUAUUAAAUGGGGAUUAUUUCCCAAAACUUUUAGCUCUAACUUAAUCCUUUUUUUUCUCCUCUAAUUUAUCAGGAUAAGAAGCACUACAAGACUGUAAAAUAUGAUACCGGUACAGGAAGAGAUUUCACAUUCAAGUAAAAGAAAGAAAAGUAAGCGUAAGAAGGAAAAAUAUGGGACGGAAGAUGAACAGUCACAGAUAGAAGAGAAAGAGACAUUAGCUACAGAAGAAGCAGACAGGUCUGGAAGUAAAAAGAGUCACAAGUCAAAGAAACAUAAAACACAGGAGGAGGAGGAUUUUGGUGUAGGGAUACCGGAGAAUCAAUCUUUAGAAGCGCAAGCUACAGACACAGGUGAUAAGAAAUCAAAGAAGAAAAAAAGUAAGAAAAAGAGAUUGGAUAAAGAAAGUGAUGAUGCACAAGGUGAAACUGCAGGAGGAGUUAUUUCAAAAGAACACAAGAAAAUAAAUAGUGAAAAAAUAACAGUUGGUAUGGAUGCUCAGGCUGCUAAGACAAAGAAAUGUACGGAUGAUGUAACUGAAGGAGCAGAUGAAACCAAAUUGAAGAAAAGGGUCAAGGGGGGUCAUGCUGAGGAGGUUGACCCUGUACAUGAUCCAAAGGUUGAUGAUAUAGAAACCAGUAAUAAGCCUAAGAAGAGGAAAAAACACAACAAAGAGAUUGGUGAUGACAUCACACAAAUUGAGACUGAGCAAGAAUCACCAACUAAAAGGAAAAAGCACAAAAAGAGCAAGAGUAAAGAUAUAGAUUGUGGGGAUGAAAAAAGCAGUUCUUCAAAUAAAGCUGUCACAGACUUACAAGCUGAGCCCGAACUUAAGGCAAAGCCUGCUGCAAAGCCUGAGCAAGAUAAUGUGGUUCAGGGUCAGUGGCAGGGCAGUUUGUUUGACAAUUCUGAUAGGCAAAAUAAAUUUCUGAGACUAAUGGGCGGAAGGAAGGCUGCUAAUCAACAAAACAAUGUCACUGAACCUGCAGGUGCCACCAAAAAGAAGGGCCUGUUUGGCUCUUUGGUACCUAGUUCAAGUAAUUCUCUUGUAUCUGGCAAUGCUGCCCUAUCUGCAUCAGCAGCUGCAGAUCUCAACCGAAAGUUGGAAGAGGAGUACAACAAAGCCAUGAAUUUCAAACUGACAGCAAAGAAAGGAUCAGGCUUUGGGUUUGCGCCUGACCCAGCAGAAGGAAAAAAGUUUCAUAUUGAUGUCUUCAAAACAAAGUCUGUUCAAUUUGAUGAUUGAAUAAAAGUUUUCUUUCUUUUUUUUUUUUUUAAUUUCUGCAUUUAAAAAUAAAUUACUGGUGCUGUUUUUUUCAAUUUGUUAACAAAAUUUAAUUUUUUUCUACAGGCAAUAUUACAUUAGAAACAGAAUAGGUUUAGUGGUGUUAUUCAGAGAGUGGUAUAUUAAAGUUAUUACCAGUACUUCAUUAGUUACAUCAUCAAAAUAAUGUACAACUUUCUCAAGGUUUACAUGUCAAAUUGUACAUAUUUUAACCUUAUAACUGUCUUAAAGGCCAAUAAUCUACUGAGUGUUAUACCCCUUUCUGUUGUGUCAAUGCCGAUAUAAUUGGCAGAUGGCAAAUUGGUCAUUAAAAAUGCAAAUGAUUUCUCUAUAUAAA